GGCAGACAAACUGGGUGCAUGGCAUUAUAACAAGCAUAUCAUGUCCAUGUGCAGACACUUAUUUUUUUUUCAAUUAAGCACCUUAACUUAAGCAGAUUUAGAUUUUUUUAAGUUUAUACUGCAUUUUAAUUAAACAGAUUGUACUUUGAUUAGUAUUUAUUACUAGACGUGUUAAUAUUAUUACAUUCACAUGUGUGAAAUAUCUGGAAAUAUUCAUCAAAUGUUAUUUUGCACUUUUAUGGGUUCUAUAUGCUUUUGAUGUGACGCAUGUCCACAUAAUUCUAAUCUGAUGUUUGAACUUAUUUACAAAUAUUUUUGUUUAUUCUGUAGAUGGAGAUUGGUGAUUCACGGCGGUAUUGAUGGUUUCAGCCGACUAGUAGUUUAUCUGUCUGCAUCCUCAAAUAACCGCGCAUGCACUGUUCUCAGGAACUUCAUGGCUGCUGUGAAUGAGUAUGGUUUACCAUCAAGGGUCCGGUCUGAUAAAGGUGGGGAGAAUAUUGCAGUUGCUGAGUACAUGGUGGCACACAGAGGAGAAAACAGGAAUUCUCACAUUACAGGGAGAAGCGUACACAAUCAGAGAAUUGAGAGGCUUUGGAGAGAUGUGUAUGAACAUGUUUUAAGCAUGUUUUAUCACAUCUACUACAACAUGGCGACAGAGGGAAGACUCAAUCCAGAUUCAGAGACUGACAUUUUUGCUCUUCACUGGAGUUUUGCGCCUCAUUUGCAGAGGCAUCUCACUUUCUUUAAAGAUGCCUGGAAUAACCACGGCAUCAGAACUGCUGGGAGCCAGUCACCCUUCCAGCUAUGGUUGAGAUUCAGUGCCAACAAUACUGAUGACCCAAUUCAAGUGGAUGAAAAUUAUGGGAUUGACUGGGAUGGUCCCCCAAGUCAUGACAGCGAUGGAGUGUCAGUUCCAGAAGGAAUUGAGUACCCUGCCAAAUCCUAAUGUGCCCUUUUCAGAUGCCAUUGACACAUAAUACAACACAGUUACUAAACUUCAUCAACUACUGGACAACGUUUAAGCAGUACUGUAUUUUACAGCAUUUCAAAUGUUGAUAUAAACUCUCCAGCCACGUUUUUUUAGUUUAUUCAAGAACCCAGGCAAAGCACUGUUUGCGUUUUAUUAAACUUGAAUAAGACACAUUUGUCUAACAUUGCUUACUGUUUUUUUUAACAAAACAGUUAAUGCAGUGAACUGUUGUAAAUGAGACAUAACCUCAUAUUUUCUAUGUAAUAAAUGACUUUGACAAACUACGUUGCAAAACUGUUUUUCGUAAUUGUGAACAAAAUAGUGCAGAAACAUGCACUAAUGCUGUUGUUGAGUAAUUGGCACAUUCCAAAAUGAGCUAACAUGCGGUUUAAACUGUGACCUGUAUGUAGUUUAACUUAAACUUUGGAAUUGAUUUGAAGUCACAUGUUUGUUCACUGAACAGUAAUUACACCAAACCAAACCCACUGUCUGUGGAUGAUACAGCAGCUUUCAGGUCCUUCUGGAAACUCUCAUAAGUGCUGUAUUUCACUGGGAGCUUGAUUGUUUCUCUGCAAGUGGAUGCAGUUGGCAUUGCAACACCA